UCUCCAAUGGGAAGGCGAUCCUCAUCCUGUACUCUACUGUAGGUAAAGCGCAGUCACAGCAAUGGAGAGAAACCGUGUCAAAAUGCUCGCUUAAUGCUUCGACAAAAAUGCCCGGUUUAGUGUCAUGUCUUGGAAAUCUAAUAGUCACUGGAUUCAUCAUCCUCUUCUGUGAGCUCGUCACAUCAGAGAUAUGGACCAAUGAAGUUUCAGAUGUCCAGUUCGGUGGACUGGGCUCCAGGGUCACCCUCACAUGUGGAGGCUCUCACACCGGGUCUCCAGUGGAAUGGCGCUUCAAUGGGAGCUCAGUACCACCGUGGCAAACACACGAGGGCUUGCUUACGCUACUGAACACCACACACUCGAUGGAAGGUAACUACAGCUGCCAUGAUGAACAGGGAACUUUACUGCAGUCCAUCAAACUGCGCCUGGGACACCCACCUCAUUUCGUCAGUGUGUCUUGUCGUGUGCCGAAUCAUAUGAAAAUCUCCUGCUCCUGGGAACAAACCAAGAGGACAAACUUGCCCACAUCAUACAGAGCCUCAUACAGUCAGAAGGGCCAGGGCCGCAAGCAAAUUCCCAGUGAACCCUGUGAACAGAAGGAUACCGGGGUAAAUGAGUGCACAAUUACAGACCCACCUUUCUGGAGCUCCUCGAAGAUCCUGGUGAACAUCACUGAAAUCAACCCGCUGGGAUCUAACUCCACCAUCAUCCAAAUAGAUCUCCGUGAACUCUUGAAACCAGAUCCCCCAGAAGAUGUUCAAGUCUCUCAGGUGGAGGGUGAGCCUACACAGUUACUGGUCCAGUGGAACUGUCCCCCAUCAUGGCUGGUUGGCAUGUCUGCUUUUUCAUUGACAUAUUUACUGCGCUACCGGCCAAUUGGCUCCAACUACUGGUCAAAGGUGGACAUAGAGUCAGACACUGAGAGCACCAGUCUGAUAAUAACAGACGCUCUGAUUGGUCACCUGCAUCAGAUCCAGAUCAGAGCUCAGGACGCCCUCAUCAACCACAGCCAGUGGAGUGAGUGGAGUCACAUGGUGGAGGCCAAACCCUGGACAGAACCUCCAAAAGAGCCAACAGAGGAACCGGAUUACAUACUUCAGUCCUAUCCAGUGAGGACAACAGACAAGUCUACAGAUUCGUCUUCAAACCAUAAUGGAAAUGUUGGACUGUUGGUUUUGUUGGGGCUGUUUGCAGCGAUCAUGGUGGCUGUCUUAUUAACAAUCAUCACGCUUCUUUGGGUGAGACAAAGGAAACAAGACAAUGUGAAGAAACAAGAACUGACUUCUAUGCUGAAGAUGAAGUCCAUACCAAUCUAAAAUUUGAGAAGUUGGUCGUCUCCAGUUCGGUCCUCAUAUGGGAAUCACCACCACUGCCACUGCAGCUAACAGCCUUCAUUACCCACAAUCCACCUCUCUCUUCUUAGCCAAUUAGAAGAUGCACUCAGUCCCAUCAACUGUGAACAUGUACAAUCUACAAAUGUAGCACAAUGCAAUGGAAAAACAUGGAUUUCUCUUGGUUUUCCCUCUCACUGUCUUGGCUUUUAACCGCUCACAGCAAGUACCUGGAUGAUGAAAAACAUUUUUUAAUCUUCCUCCUCCUCGAUGUUUCUCAGCUCACUCCACUGGACUCUAGACACAUGGAUGCUGUUGAAAGCCAGCAGCAAACAGGGCAUUAUGGGUAAAGUGGUGAAAAGUAGACACUCUUCCACCUUUAGACAGCUGCUAUCUGUGGAGAAUGGUGUUUUUCUGUCUUGCGCUUCAGUGAUGGACACGCUGCUCUUGCUUUGGAGAAACAAAGACUGUUUUGUCUGUUUUUUUCCUUCGAUUUGGAGCAGGUGGACACAUCUGCAGCUGAUCGCUUUCGUCUGCUUCAUUUACAGCCAGAUGUGGGAUCUACAGUUCUCCAUUAUAAACUCCUGUUAAACGCAUUUCUCAUCAGCCUUGGAGUUCAUGUCUUGAAAAUAAACACCAGCUGGGAUGUUUUUUCUUUUUUUUUUCUUAAAGCUGGUGCUCAAGAAACUAAAAGACCUUCAGUGCACUUAUUAUUAUUAGUUUUUUUUUACUUUUAUUUUAUUUUAAGGCAAGACACUCCAGGUAAAAAUUAUUAUUUUUUAUUUGAUCUUAUAUUUUUAGCAUCUUUAAACAUUUUAGCUUUGAACAAAGUGUCACUUUUUAGUCUAAUGCACAGGUGUCAAUUCCAGUUCCUGGAAGGCUGCAGCUCUGCAUAGUUUAGUUUUAACCCUAAUUAAUCACACUUGAUCUUUAAACUAUGUCCCUUAAAUAGUCAUUUAGGCUUGUUUGAAACCUAGAGGUAAGUGUUUUGGAGCACGGUUAGAACUUUUCAGAUCUGCGGCCCUUCAGGAACUGGAAUUGACACUUGUGGUCUAAUGCAAAGAAAGCAUCCAAAAAUACACUUUUAAGUGUUUCUUUUGUUGCACUUUAUCAAAUUCUGUCCUAAGAUUUCAAUUACAAGACCUAUUUUUGAAGGCCAUUUUCUCAAAUUGUUUUUUUUUUCCUACAGUGAUCCAUAAAUCAGCAACACAUACACUAAACUUCACACUUUUAUUCAUAUCAAUAUUCUGAAGGUUUGUACAGAGCUAUUUGUUCAUUAAUCAUAACCUUUUUAAUUAUUCUAGAAUUAUAAAAAAGUGUACAGUAUUUUAUCAAAAGUAUGGAUUGAAAAAAAAAUAGAUUUUUCAAAUUAUUUCUGUAAGAACUUUUACUCAAAUGCUGAUUUUACAUCAAAUGCAGAUCAUUAUAGUUCACUAUCUCUUAUUUACUCAUGGAAUGUUUAUUUCCACUCAUGCAAAAUUUUCGCUUGAGUUUAAUUGUUUGAACUAGCGUGGUAGAUGCAAUUGAAAAAAAAAAAAA